AUGUACGGCAAGGAGGCCCAAGUUCCGGGGCGAGCCGAUGUGACCUCACCGCUACCGCUCGCAGCACCGACAGCAGCAGCCGAAUGCGCGCCGGUCCCGUCGGCGGGAAAGUACCCCACGUGGGAAAAGCUGCCGAAGCAGACGACGCUUCCGGACCCCUGGCUACCGCUAGCUUACACGACGACUGAUAGCGAGGGCGGCAGCGAUCCCUCUUUCGCGUCCGACGUGAUGGCGGGUAAGGGCAAGAACCGGAUCCAGACACCCGAGGAAUGGUACCAAUGCCGCCAGCCCGAGCUCCUCCAGAUGUUGCAGGAGUACCAAUACGGGUACUACCCCGACCACUCGCAAGAAACAGUCAAAGCCACACGCAGCGGCAACACGGUAAACAUUGAAGUAACAGCCGGCGGCAAGACCGGCAAAUUCAGCGCCACCCUAGCGCUACCCUCGACGAAGCCCGCACCCGUCGUCAUCAACAUCGGCGGCAUGACCGACCAGCCAUACCUGCAAGCCGGCAUCGCCGUCGUCGGCUUCGACUACACCCGCGUCGCCGCCGAUAGCAACGCUAAGACAGGCGCGUUCUGGGAUAUCUACAACGGCCGGGACAUCGGCGUCCUCACAGCAUGGGCAUGGGGCUUCCACCGCGUGCUAGACGCCCUCAACGCCACCGUCCCCGAGAUCGACAGCGCCCGCGUCGGCGUAACCGGGUGCUCGCGCCUCGGCAAAGCGGCUCUCGCCGCCGGGCUGCUGGACAAGCGCAUCACGCUGACCAUGCCCAUGAGCAGCGGCGUCCAGGGGCUAGGCCCGUACCGGUACCACGGGCUGAGCGGGCAGGACGAGACGCUCGAGAACAGCAAGAGCGGCGCGGGGUGGUGGACGGACAAUACCCUGGGGACCUUCGUCAACCACGCGGAGAAUCUGCCGUAUGACGCGCAUACUAUUGCUGCUGCGAUUGCGCCGCGCGCCCUUGUUAUUGACCAGGGCACUGGUGACCAGUUUACUAACUCGAAGGGCACUUCGGUUGUUGUGUACCCGGCUGCGAAGCUUGUUUACGACUGGUUGGGUGUUCCGGACCAGAUUGCGAUGUCUGUUCGUGGUGGCGGCCACUGCGAUAUGAGCGGAUUCAACAGCGUCCUCCCCUUUGUGACCAAGGUCCUCCAGAACCAGACCAUCACCAAGGACUACAAUGACCUCGGCAGCUACGGCUCCCCAAUGUCGACGACCUACCCCUGGGCAACCGCGGUACCUAAAGCAGCCUGA